AUGAGGCGGCGCCCUGAGGGGCACUGCCAGGGGCGGAGGAUUCUCCCAGGGGCCCUCCCAAGGGUCGUUACGCCCCCAGGUGCCAUCCCAGGGUCUGCAGUGCCUGCUGGGGCUAUCCCAGGGGCAGCUGCAACCCCUGGGUGCCCUUCCAUGGACGGCAGCGUUGCCAGGGGCCCUCACAAGGGCGGCGGCGCCACCAGGGGGCACCUCCAAGGAGCGAAGGCGACACCAGGGGCCCACCGUAGGGGCAGCAGUGCCCUCAUGGGGCCAUCCCAAGGAUGGUGGGACCCCAAGGGACUCUACCAGGGCGACGGCGCCCCCAGGUACCCUCCCAGAAUCAGCAGCGCCCACCGGGGCCGUCCCAGGGGCAGCGGCACCCCAGGGGCGGCAACAUCCUUAGGGGCCCUCCCUGGGGCGGCAGCGCCUUCAGGGGCCCUUAAAAAUGCGGAGGCGCUAGCAGGGGCUUGA